AUGGCUUUUCUUCUCUCUUCCUCGUCCCUGUCCCCCCCCCUGCAGGAAUGGGAGCUGGUGGUGCUGGGGAAGUUGAAGUGGAACCUCGCAGCCAUCACCCCGCACGAUUUCAUUGAGCACAUCCUAAGGAAGCUGCCUCUACCUAAAGACAAGUUGCUUUUGAUCCGGAAGCAUGCGCAAACGUUCAUUGCCCUUUGUGCCACAGAUUUUAACUUUGCCAUGUACCCACCGUCAAUGAUAGCAACUGGAAGUGUGGGAGCAGCCAUCUGUGGCCUUCAGCUCGAUGAUGGGGACAGCCUCACAGACCUCCUGGCCAAGAUCACAAACACAGAUGUG